ACAUAUAUGAAAGCAGAGAAUGAGAGUUGAAGCACUUCAAAGCUUUACUUUCUGCUCAUCUCCUCUCUCUAAAAAAAGCAGUUUUAUUUGGAUGGACAAGACACAACUAAAACAACAAGAACUGACUCAAGAACAGAUCAUGGAGUUUAAAGAGGCGUUUUGUCUGUUCGACAAAGAUGGAGAUGGUUGCAUCACUGCUGAUGAGCUUGCCACUGUGAUCCGCUCGUUGGAUCAGAAUCCGACCGAACAAGAGCUUCAAGAUAUGAUCAAUGAGAUCGACUCCGAUGGUAACGGCACCAUCGAAUUCUCUGAGUUCCUCAACCUCAUGGCCAACAAAAUCCAGGAAACUGAUGCAGAUGAGGAGCUUAAAGAAGCAUUCAAAGUGUUUGACAAAGACCAAAAUGGCUACAUCUCGGCCAGCGAGUUGAGGCAUGUGAUGAUCAAUCUUGGGGAGAAGCUAACCGAUGAAGAAGUCGCUCAAAUGAUAAAGGAGGCAGAUUUGGAUGGUGAUGGUCAAGUCAAUUAUGAUGAAUUUGUGAGGAUGAUGAUGACAAGCGGUUAAAUUGGAAAAACAAUGUUACCACCUGAUAAUUUAUUAUCUUUUAUAAAUUUAUCAAUCUUUUUUUUCUUUUUCUUCUUCAGAAUACCAUAUUUUCCUUUUCCAAAUUAAUUUAAUUUAAGCUUUUCAUAUCUGAUCGACGUAGUAAGUUUCUGUUUAUCUGAAUUAUUAUUUGUGUAUCUGGUGUAUAGUAUAUUUAUUUAGCUUUUUGUUGAAAAAGUCAAUCAGAUUGAGUGUAUACAUGUGUUCUCUGGCAAUAAUUACUAUUUCAGAUCACAUAAAA